AUGUCGAACUCUGCGCCUGGUCGUCACAAGUAUUUGUGCAAUGAACCGCAAUGCAACAAAUCGGACUUGGACUGCGCCCUGAAGCGUUGUAAAGGAUGCGAAAUUGCCCGAUACUGUUCGAAGACCUGCCAAAUCAAAGAUUGGGGCCAUCACAAGCCGGAAUGCCUCAGACUUCGCCAUAUCCAGCAGACUCCAGCCGACGCGAAUUUGCUGCAUGAUGUAAAUUCUUGGUUUGGUCACAACCCUUCCGUCACGGACAUCGUGGCUUUGGCGAUGAGGUCCACUGGUCUCCCUGAUGCCCGCAAGAACUUCGCAUUCCACAUGGUUGUGGAACACAACCCGAUGCAAACACGGAAGUGCGACCGCAUCCGAGUGGCAUCCCACGCCCUCGUGUCCUGGGGCGAUCUUCCUGCUCUCGGCUUCAAAGACACAUUCGCCGCGGAGAUGCAAGCUCAGAGAGAGAGGAUGGAGGAGACGGCCGGCUCUGUUCAGCCUUAUGUUGUGCUGCUAGCGGUCCAGGCUUGGGAUGUGGGACUCAAAAGAUACUUACCUGCGGCCACCUCGGAAGCAACGCCGCCGCCGCCAUCGAUAUCGGCGUGCACUUCAAGCGCGCCCGAGUCUGACUUGGACGCCAGCAGCGGCCCCUACGACAAUUGCAACUGUAGCGACUUGAAGCCGGGCCCAACCUCCACACCUCGCACCACCACGACGCCGGGCCCGACCGUGACUACGUACCGUGGCUUGCCUGUCUCCGAUGAGCCUUACCCCGACGCGAGCCGCGCUGAGAGCGGCAGCGGUACUAUCUCGACGGGCGCUGAUGAUGAGAUGCGGGUGGACAGCCUCUACCGGGUUCUGCACCAGCUAGAGCAGGGGUCCCACUGCCAGUAUACUGGUGUGGAUGCCGAGGAGAAGACAGAUGCCGCAACGUCGACGGGCUCGAGUGCCAUUGGACCGAUAGUGAAAGAGUUAAUUGGGAUCCUGCGGGACCUCGCUCGGGCUUCACGAAAACUUCGUUCAGUUGCAGGGACGUUGGCUGAUUAA